CACUCUAUAAGAAAAACAACAUUAAAAUCCAUGAACACAUCAAAGUUUCUAUCUCAUCUUUUAUCGCAAAGAAAUCAAUAAUACUUCCUUGAGAUUAUCAUGGCUUCCUACAAAAACAACAUUAAAAUUCAUGAACAUGUCAAAGUUGUUCCUCCAUCAUCAUCAAACCAAUCAACAACAACAACGCCUUUAACUUUCUUUGACAUAAUAUGUUUAAGGUUCCAUCCUGUAGAGCGUAUCUUCUUCUACACACUCCCAAAUUCACAAUCACACCCUUCUUUCUUUUUCCAAAAAAUUGUUGUAAAUCUCAAGUCUUCGCUCUCUUUAACCCUCCAACACUUUCUCCCUAUAGCUGGUAAAAUCGUCUGGCCUUCGGAUUCUUCAAAACCAUUCAUCCAAUUCAAUCCCAAUGAUAAUGAUAAUGGAGUUUCUUUGCUCAUAGUAGAGUCUGAUGCCGAUUUCAAUCAUGUCAUUGGUAAUUCACCCCAUGAAGCUUCUUUGUCACGUUCUUUUAUUCCUAACUUGGAAUCAUCAGAUUCGUUUGCUUCUAUUAUCUCCUAUGAAGCACGGACACCUCUAAGAGUAGGCGUGUCGCGGUAUUAUCUCACUCCAAAUCACCAUGGUGUUUUUGAUGGAAAGUCUUCAUCCAUGUUCAUCAAAGCUUGGGCUUAUCUAUGCAACAAAGAAUCACCAACUUUGUUGCGAGAGUUAGAGCCUUUACUCAAUAGAGAUUUCAUCAAAGACACAAAUGAAAAUAACUCAAUCGAGAUGUUAUCCAAGAUAUUCCCGAGUGAAAAAGGAAACGAAAGAAGCCUAAAGAUUUCUCCUUUUGAACCAAAAUUCGAAGAAUCUGUCCGUGCUACGUUCAAGCUCACACGUGAAGAUUUGGAUAAAAUAAAGCAAAGGGUGUUAUCCAAAUGGGAAUUAUUCGAUACAAAUGAAUCAAAACCGCAUACUCUAUCCUCUUUUAUUCUCACUUGUGCUUAUUUGAUUGUUACUAUUGCAAAAGCUAUUAAUGGAGUUAAAAAAGAAAAAGAAAAGUUUUCUUUUAUGUUUGCAGUAGAUUGUAGAGCAAGGUUGGAAGCGCCAAUACCAAGUAACUAUUUUGGAAACUGCGUAUCGGGGCAUUUUAUUGAUACAGAUCCAUUGGAUUUCAAUAAAGAAGAUGGUGUCUUUGUAGUUGCUAAGUGUAUUUAUGAGAAAAUAAAAAUGAUAAAAGAAAAGGGUGUUUUUGAAGGAAAAAUUUUGGAUGUGUUUGUUAAAUAUUAUUCUUUAAAUAGUGAAGGAUAUGAAAUCAUAGGAGUGACAGGUUCUAAUAGGUUUGGUGUUUAUGAGAUUGAUUUUGGUUUGGGAAGGCCGGAAAAGGUGGAGAUAGUGUCCACUGAUAGAAGUUUAACAAUUGGUUUGGCAGAGAGUAAAGAUGGCAAUGGUGGAGUUGAAGUUGGUCUUGUUCCCAAUAAACAUGUAAUGGAUCUCUUUAGCACUUUGUUCCUUGAAGGACUAUGA